GGUUACCAUUGCCAUCCAUUGCUCCUAUUCUACCGAAUGUUGACUCAUUCAUAGGAUUUUCUAAAACACUUUGACCAGACUAAAAUUAGUUUAGAAAUGAAUAAUAAAGCACUUGGGUCUAGAUCUACAUGUUAACAGUUCUUAUUUCAAAAUUGGUGUAGAGGAAAUUGCUAAAAAGGUCCAUUAUCAACAACAAAAAUUAAAAAUGUUGAACAUCACAGAAAAGGCUGAUGAACUUUACAGUUCUUACAAAAUACAAGAACUUUAUGAUUAUCUUCAUGAACAUAAAGAGGUUUUAAAUGAUGAAAUUCAGUGGCGCCUAGCAAGAGUUACCCAUGACAGAGCUAAGCAUGAAAAGGACAAGCAUAAAAGGCACAACAGUAUGCUUGAAGCUUUUUCUUAUGCUGAAAAAGCUCUUCAGCUGAAUUCAAAUAGCCCACAUUGUCAUAGGUGGUAUGGUGCUUUACUACAUUUUACAACAGAAGGAAUUGGACUAAAAAACAAGAUACAUACAGCUUACAAAGUCAGGGAACAUUUUGAUAAAGCCCUUGAGCUAGACCCUGAAGAUGCAAUUUCUCUACACUCUAUUGGAUAUUGGUGCUUUGUUUUUGCUGAACGACCCUGGUACCAAAGAAAAAUAGCAUCAGCGCUGUUUGAAGCAUUGCCAGAAACUACAUAUGAUGAGGCACUUGAAUGGUUUUUGAAAGCAGAGAAAAUAAAGGAAAAUUUUAUGUGCACAAAUAUUCUCAUGAUUGGUAAAACUUACAUGAGAUUGCAUAACAAGGAAAAAGCUGUUGAAUUCUUGCAAAAGACACUUGAAUUUAAAAUAAUGACUCCAGAUGAUGAACAGUCACACAAAGAAGCUGAAGAGAUGUUGAAACAUUUGGGACAUGGCCAUCUGCUAAAAAGCUGUCUCCAUGUUGAUGCAAGUUAACAAAACAUAACAAGACAUUAUAAUGUUGCUUUAAAUUUAUUUUAUAUCAAUUAAUUUAUUUCAGAUGCUUGGCAGACUUAUCAGUUUUGCCAAUUUUUUAAAAGACCAAUAUGCUAGCAUAUUUUUAUUAUACCGGUAAUGUAUAGUUUUAUCUAGUAAUUUAUUAUGUAUUAAUUUUAAAAAUAUUUGAUGCGCUUUACAGUGACAGUCGAGUCAGUAAUAGUAUAAUGGCAUUGAGGUCAACAAAAAAUGAUCUUGGGUACCAUUGAACUGUGGAAAAACUGAUGUUAAGUACCAUACUCAAUAAAUAUACUCCAACUGUAAAUAUAUAUAGCAAACUGUUACUUAAUAGUUUUUGAUUGAACUAAGUUGUAAAAUACUCAACUUUGUCAAUGAUUUUUUUCACAAACAUUGACCCUUUGAUAUAUAAAACCUCUAAAUUAUUAAAACUAGUCAACAACAAAUUAUUGAAAACAAAAAACUUAAUAUAGUAUAGCUUUUUAAACAACAAUUUUUUCAAAUGUAUAUAGUAAACUUUAAGAAACACUUGAUGGGUUAAAAAACUAAUUUAGUUUUUAAAAACAACUAAAAUACUGUUAAAGUUUUGUUUGUCCUAAUUUAUUUUUACCAAAAGUCAGCUAUUGGUUGUUUUAUUGUGAUAUUUGGAUGUAUUCUCUGUUAACAUUCAUAACUAAUCUAGUAGAUUUUGUUCUUAUUUUUCAUGCUAAAUCAUGCAUAUUUAUACAAAGAAAGAAGUCAGAUUUUAAAAACAUUAUUGCUUUAAUACUAUACAUUCUCUGGAGAAAAAUGUUUUCAAGCUUUUUUUUGCAUGAUCUAAGUUGUCACGAUCUCAAGCAUAUUUAAUCUGAACACAAAAUGUUUCUUUUACAGGGUGUUAAAUAAUAAUUUAUUUUAAUUAUUUCACAGUCAAAUAUUAUUUAAUUUAAAUGAAUAAUGUUCAUAACAGUACAGGUAUUCUACUAUUUUGCUUCACCAAACUAACUAAAAAAAAUUUUAUUUGUUUAUUUUCACUGGUUUACUGAAGGGUCGUUCAUCAUUACAUCAUAUCCUUAGGGGGGGGGGGGGGGUGUUAUGUUUGGAGACAGUGUGUGGAGGGGUUGCAUUUUAAAAAGUAAUGCUAUUUCACGUGAUUAAAAUUUUAUAGAAAUUAUAUGUAGUAUGCUUUAUGUUGACCAAGGUCAGUCAAUAUCUUAAAAAGAAAUCAAUGUUAAAAAAAAAUGUAAAUGCAAUUUUG